AUGAUAUUUGAAAAAAAAAGAGUUUUAAUUGUUGGUGCUGGGGCAUCUGGUUUACCAUCAAUAAGAUUUGCAUUGUUAAAUGAUAUCAUACCUGUGUGUUUUGAAGCUUCCAAUGAUAUUGGAGGUUUAUGGAGAUAUAAACCAGAAGAAUGUGAGGAGUCUUCGGUUAUGAAAAGUACUGUUAUUAAUUCAUCCAAAGAGACAACAGCUUAUUCAGAUUUCCCACCACCUGAUGAUGCUCCAAAUUUUAUGCAUAACAGAAAGUUACUUGAUUAUAUUCGAAGUUAUGCUAGUAAAUAUAAUUUAACUCAGUAUAUUCAUUUUAAUCACCGUGUAAUAAGUAUAAAAAGAUCUAAAACAUUUAAUAAUGAUGGUAAAUGGAUUGUAACAUAUAUUGAUAAUAUGAAUAAUAAAAAAGAGAAUAUUUUUGAUGGAGUAUUAAUGUGUAAUGGUCAUCAUACUCAUCCUUAUAUUCCAGAAUCAUUUAAAGGGCAGGAAACAUUUUUAGGAAAAAUAAUACAUUCUCAUAGUUAUAAAGAUCAUAAAGGAUAUGAAGAUAAAAUUGUUGUUGUUGUAGGAAUUGGAAAUUCUGGUGGAGAUAUAGCUGUUGAAUUAAGUAGAAUUGCUAAACAAGUUUAUCUUGUAACAAGAAGAGGAACAUGGGUUUUUAAUAGAUUAUAUACAUAUGGUAUUCCAGUAGAAUUUGCUUUUUCAAGAAGAUUAGAUAAAUUAAUAAGACCAUUAUUUCCAUUAUGGGCUGUAAAUUUACUUCUUGAAAAAAGAAUGAAUGAAAGAUUUGAUCAUUUAAUAUAUGGUUUACAACCAGAACAUGAUGUUUUAUCUGCUCAUCCAACUGUUAAUGAUGAACUUUCUAAUCGCUUAGCAAAUGGAACAGUUAUUAUUAAAAAUAAUGUUAAAUAUUUUACAGAACAUAAUGUUAUUUUUGAAGAUCAAUCAAUAGUUGAGGAUGUUGAUGCAGUUAUUUUUUCAACAGGAUACAAAUUUAAUUUUGACUUAGUUGAAAAUGGUGAAUUAAUUCCUGUAAAUAACAACAAUGUUGAUUUAUAUAAAUAUAUGUAUCCACCAUCAUUAGCUAAUAAAAAUACACUUGCAAUAAUUGGUUUAAUUCAACCAUAUGGAUCUAUUAUGCCAAUUUCUGAACUUCAAGCUCGACUAUAUUUUGAGGUAUUUACAAAUAAAGUAAGACUUCCAAAUGAAAAUAAAAUGAUUGAAGAUGUAAUGUUGAAAAAGAAAAGAAUGUCAGAAAGGUAUAUUGCAAGUCAAAGACAUACAAUUCAGGUUGAUGGAAUGGAUUUUAUGGAUGAGUUAGCUGAAAUCAUUGGAUGUAAACCAAAACCAUUUAAAUAUAUUUUUUCUGAUUUUCAAUUAUUUAAAGCAUUAAUAUUUGGACCAAAUGUUGCUUAUGCCUAUAGAUUAGAAGGUAAUCAUAUAUGUAAAAAUGCUAGAAAAGCUCUUCUUGAAUUAAAAUAUCGUUCCACCUACCCAACAUCACAAACAAGAGUGAUUCAAGAACAUUUUUGUGUAUUUAUAACAAUGAAUAGAAUAUUUGGAACAGGAAAACCAAAAGCACCACCACCAAAUUUAAAUGAUGCUGUUGGUAAUAUUAAUGCUCGUGGAGAAAGUAUUGAAAAGAAGAUAGCAAAACUUGAUGGUGAAUUGGUUAAAUUAAAAGAUCAAAUGAAAAAAAUGAGAGAAGGUCCAGCAAAGAAUAGUGUUAAACAGAAAGCUUUAAGAAUAUUAAAACAAAAAAAAAUGUAUGAGUCACAGAAAGAUCAAUUAGAUACACAGGUUUUUAAUAUGGAACAAACUAAUUUUGCAUUAGAAGGAAUGAAAGAUGCUCAAAAUACAGUUGCAGCAAUGAAACAUGGUGUAACAGCUAUGAAAAAAGAAUUUAAAAAAAUUAAUAUAAAUAAGAUAGAUGAUUUACAUGAUGAGAUGGAGGAUAUGCUUGAUAUGCAUAAUGAAAUUCAAGAAGCUAUGUCAAGACAAUAUGAUACACCUGACAUUGAUGAAAAUGAAUUAGAAGCAGAGUUAGAAGCACUAGGUGAUGAAUUGGCUUUUGAUGAAGAUACAAGUUAUUUAGAUGAAGCAUUAAAUACACCAAAAGUACCAUCAACUGUACCAUCAGCUGAAAGAAAGACAGAAGAUGGAAUAGCUGUUGAUGAAUUUGGAUUACCCAAAAUAUCCGCUUAG